AUGCACGCGGGCUCUGAGAAGCCGUACGUGACGCUAGAAGCAACUUCUACCAUAGCCGUGGGAGUGAAACCGCAUGAGGAGGAACGAGUAAAGGAAGACACAGAGAAGGACGAAGUGACGGACGGAGAGGACAAUAACCCUUUUUCCCUCGUGGAAUUGGUGCCGCUGCUGAUGGAGAGGGCUGCCGAAGCCUUCACCAAGGUGGUUACGUCUCGAGCAGGCGGGCUGAUCGUCCUCAACGUCGUCACCAUGCUCUACGCUACCAACACCACCAUUGUCAAGGGAGCAGAGGAAGCCGCAGGAGGGCCGCUGCAGUUCUGUCUGGGUCGCUUCGCCAUCGCGGCACUCGCGCUCUCUCCGCUGCUCCCGGCCGCCCUCUCCAACCCCGCCGUCCGCCGCUGCGGCAUCGAAAUGGGCCUCUGGACGUCGCUGGCAUAUCUCUCCCAGGCCUUUGCGCUCAUCACCACUGGCGCUGGGCGCGUUUCCUUCAUAAGCACCUUCACUAUGAUAGAGGUGCCGCUGGUGGCGGGUCUGCUGGGGGCGCGCAUCCCUCCCCUCGUGUGGGCUGCCACUGCCUCCGCCGUUGCUGGCGUUCUCCUCCUCGAAGCCAACUCUGAAGCCUCCACGCUCGUGGGGGACGGCCUGGCGCUGGUGAGCGCGGUGGCGUUUGGGCUGCUCAUGGUGCGAUCGGAACACUUCGCCAAGACUGUGCCCGCCACAGCAAGUCUCGACCUCAUCGCCCUGCAGAUAUCCACUGUGGCGUGCUGUGCUGCCAUCGGCACAGCAAUCACCAGCCUCAUAGACCUUCCAUCUGCCACCACCGCCCUUGCAGCCGACAUAGAGGCUCAGACGUCCCUGCCUGGUUUUGCCGCCCAGGCCAAGGAGCUAAUCAGUGCCACAUCACCCACUGAUGCUGUGGAGAGAUUAGCCUCGGUGGUGAGCUCGUGGCCGUGGCUUCAGAUGGGGUACACGGGGGUGGUUUCCACCGCUCUCUGCCUCUGGCUUGAGAUCGUGGCACUCCGGCAUGUUGCUGCAUCUGAAGUGGCCAUGGUCUACACUCUCGAGCCGCUGUAUUCGGCACUCUUAGCCUCCUUGGUCCUACAGGAGGAGUGGACGACUGUAGGGUAUCUGGGAGCAGCACUGAUAUUUG